AGGAAGGAGGAGGGGAAGGAGGAGAGGAAGGAGGGGAGGGGGAAGGAGGAGAGGAGGAAGGAGAGGAAGGAGGAGGGGAGGAAGAAGGAGGAGGGGAGGAAGGAGGAGGAGAGAAAGGAGGGGAAGGAGGGGGAGGAGGAGAGGAGGAAGGAGGGGAAGGUGGAGGGGAAGAAGGAGGAGAGGAAGGAGGAGGGGAGGAAGACGAAUGAGGGCAGGAAGGAGGAGGAGGGGAGGAGGAAGGAGGGGGGUAGAAAGGAGGGGGAGGGGAAGAAGGAGGGGAAGAAGGAGGAGAGGAAGGAGGAGAGGAAGGAGGGGAAGGAGGAGAAGGAGGGGAGGAAGCAGGGGGAACAUUCACAUAAGAAGGAAGCCGGGAAGAAAGAAGGCGGUUUGCACAAGAAGGAGGAGGGGAGGAGGAGUAAGAAGGUGGACGAGGGGCACAGGGGGAAGGUCCCGGCGCGUGGCGGUGCGGGCGUCAGGAGAGUCGUCUUGGGGGGGGGGCGGCAGGGCGCGCCGCCCAGCAGCAGCAGCAGGGAGAGGGCUCCUGCUGCCACGAGCACGCGGCAGGGAGACACGGGGGCGGCGGCCAAGGACAGCGGGAACACGCAGAAGGGCAAAGCUGACACGCGAGGACCUGGCCCCCCUCCUGCCCAGCAUCGGGCCCCCCCUCCUGGCCCCCCUCCUGGCCCCCCUCGCCCUCACCUUCGUGCCUCCCGCGACGCGCGCAAGAAGCCACCCCGGACAGGACUGCGGCUGCUGAUGGAGUCUGCACUGCCAGGGUUCGUCUCGCGCUACCUGCUGGGCCCUCCGUGGCAGCACCGCAUGCUCAAGAUCCUCAUCAAUGGGAUCUUGGGGAUUCUCAUCGGACAGGCUUGCUACUACGUCACUCUGGACUGGACCGAGAUGCAAGCCACCUACAAGUUGCUGGUGCUCACGUUUCUUACCGUUUUCUUCGGCUUUGGCUGGGCCUUCUCGCGGCACGUGCGCUGCAGCACGGUGCUCAUGGCGCCCUGCAUCUGCAGUAACGUGGGCUGCGCCGUCAUCAUGGCCAUUGCCGCUAGCCUGCUCUUCACCGGGCCCAUGACGAACAUGAUGAUGAACGCCAAGGAGAGCGGACAGUCACUCGCCUGUCUAGGCCAGCAGCAGAUCGAGCACGCCAAGGUCAUCGUCAUGAUCGCGGCGGCGCCCGUCCGGACCCUCUUCGAAAAACUCAUCGGCGCCUCCAAGGACCUCGAGAAGAGCAGCGACGAGGCCAAGGAUCUCUUCCAGCUCAUCAAGCAGGAGGUGCUCGGCGGCAAGAGCUCGGACGGUGGAAGCAAAUCGAGGAGAGACGCCGCCCAGCAAGAGCUGCAGGAGGACGGCCAAAAGCCGCAAGAAAUUGAGGCGAAAUACAUCAACAGGGUUCGCUUUCGGUGCUGGGACGUGUUUGAGAAGGGCGUGGAAAAAUGCAGGGAGAUGUUUGCGCAGAAGUGGGAAGAGUGCUUGAGCACGAUCGUGGUCCCCCUCAUCAACCACAUCCUGUGUCUCCCGCUCAAGUUUGACUUCCUGUGCCCCAUCAUACACAUUUUCGAUUCGUGGUGCGAGGCAAACAUCCCCAUGUUGAAAGAUUUCGGUGACGUCUACGACAGGAUUCAGCGAUCCAUUGCGCAGCUGAAGGAGCAGUUCAUGAUGAAUCCGCAAGUCGAGUACACGCAGCAGUCGACGUCGAUGGACGAGGACGCGGUGAAGGGCAUGAUGACCAACAUCCGCAGCAGCAUCAACAGCCAGGUGUCCAAGGUCAUGGCCUUCGUCAAGGUCUUGCAGAUGCUCCUGGGGCUCGUCGGCGUCGUCCUCUACAGCGCGUGUUCGGGCUACGUGGCCAAAUACAACGGGGACGUUGUCCACGACAAUAUGUACCUGACGCGCUACUUCAGAAUCAUCGACGCCAGGAGACGCGCCAAGAAACAGCAGACGCUUCUCCCUCCCAAGCGGGCCGAGGUGGUCAAGUAUGUCAACCCGUGCAGCCUGAGGAUGAGCGAGGAUGAGCAGAAGUCGUUUUAUUUCAUGGCCGUGAUCCUGGGCGCCCAGAUUUUGAUGAUGGUCUUCCUCCUGAUCGUCGACUGGUGCAUCGUGGUGUUCAUCAACAUCUUCGCCAAACACAGCAAAGUCGAGUACAACAUCAAAGGCGUCCACGAGCUGAGGGUCGACGUCAACGGCAAAUCGGUGUUGGCCAACGUGCUGAGGAUACUGAUGCGGGCGCUCGAAUCGAACCACACAGUCAACGUGGUCUCCGAUAACUACGAAUGCCUCCCGCAGUCCAAGGCCAUGAGCUGGAAGAUGUACGGCCUCAUCAUCGGCAUCUACAGUGCGCUCGUGUUCGUCAUGGUCAGCCAGGGCUACGUGCUGCGGCUCAGGAGGGUUAUCUGUGCCUUCUUCUACCCAAAGAGAGAGAAGACGCGAGUCGUUCACCUCUACAACGACUACUUGCGCCGACGGAAGGGCUUCUUGAAAUUCACCAAGAAGAUGAUCGCCGCGAAGGCAAAGCAGCGUAUUAGGCCAGCGUUCUCCAUCGUGAAGACGCUGACGAGGAAGUGGCCCAAGUUCUUCGGCUGGCUGUCAUACUUCGUGUCGCGCGCCUGCGUCGUGUGCGGCCAAACGAACCCCGAUGAGCCCUUCUCCUGCCCCAACACAAAGUGCCGCUCGCUCUACUGCCGGCCGUGCUGGCGCGACGUGGGAAAGGUCUGCUACUCCUGCUCCACCAAGCGCGACUCGGACGGCUCGGGCUCAGACCUGGCAAACUUCAUGGUCCGCGGUGGGGACUCCACGGUGUGAGACCUCUUGGCGCGGGAGGUCGACCGACACACUCUGGGCGACCGGGGCGGGUUGCUCGGCUUCUUGGUGUGUCAGACGGCAAGCCCACGUGGACCACGGCAGGGGAUUGGACCGCGAGGGUGUGGGGGUAAGAAGGGGACCUCCCUGGGUGGGACAGGCUGUAGAAAGUUGCCAAAUCGCUUUUUUUCCGAAGGACUCGGGUUUUGCUGGACGAGAAUAUUUAGUUUUGCACGCUCGAAUUUCAUUUUAUAGUAC